UUUCUAGUCAGAAAGACUGGUAGCGAAUUCAAUGCUGUUGUCCUCAAGCGAUUGAUCAUGAGCAAAGACAUCCAACGUUCAAUUUCUUUGGAAAUGUUGAUUGAUACCUUGAAGGGGAAGGAGGGCAAAAUCGGUGCUGUUGUAGGUUUUGUUACUGAUGAUUUCGGAGUAUAUGAUGUUCCGGCGGCAAUUAAAGUUACAGCAUUAGGGUUCACAGAGACGGCACGAGCACGUAUCGAAAGUGCAGGUGGAGAAUGCCUAACCUUUGAUGAAUUUGCCACGAGGAGUCCCUUUGGACAGAAUACGGUAUGA